CAGUGAAGAUAUGAGAAUAUAUAUGAUAGAUACUUGAGCAGAACAACAUCUCUCAUUGGUUGCUUUCAUUCUUUUUCAAGAAGAUCCAUAUAGACACAAUAAAAUUUCAAGAAACUUCGUCUGUUUUUCAAACAUGAAGUUUGGGAAAGAAUUUGCCUCCCAAAUGGUGCCAGAAUGGGAAGAAGCUUACAUGGAUUAUGAUGAUUUAAAGACCCUUUUGAAAGACACCAAGCGUAUGAAGCAAAGAAAGAAGCAACAAGGUGACCUGAACCGAGCUUUAACUCUUUACAGAACUUACAGUGGUCUAAUACAAAGGCAGAAGCAUUCUGCAGGCUCUGAGAACAUUGAAAACCAAGCCAUUCGGGAGAAUUCUUUGAAACGAACUGCCUUUGAAAGUUAUGAAACAUUUUUUCUCAUGGCUGCCGAGGGAGGAGGUGAACCUGAAAUAGUGUUCUUGAAAAGGCUUGGCGAUGAGUUUGAUAAAGUUGACAGAUUUUACAAGUCUAAGGUGCAAGAGGUGAUGGAUGAAGCUGAAAUGUUGAGUAAGCAAAUGGAUGCUUUGAUUGCCUUUCGUGUAAAAGCAGAGAACUUACAGGGAUUGUUUAAUAAGUAUGGUGACUCGAAUCGUCUCGGUUCUGAUGUUGCUGCUGCUGGAUCAAGUAGAAUUAUCUCCAUGGAUGUUAUAGAGGCUUCACAGUCGAAUCGAAGGCAACUAGAUGACUUAAAUGAUGGCACAAAUGAUAAGCAUACCAAUUCUAUGCGUGGAGAGAAUCAUGAAAAGAAACUAAAGAACAGCAGUAGAUGGAAAGCAGCUUCAUCAGAACUACUUAAUCAAGUGAAAUUGAAAAGAUCUCCUGAAACUCCUCGUUCAACCAUCAAAGGCUUCUUUGACAUUUCUAAUCAAACUGAGCCAAAGUUUAGUAAGAAAAAUCUAAAGAAAGCUGAAAAACAACUCAAGCUGGCUAUCAAUGAAUUUUACUACAAGCUUCAGCUUCUAAAGAACUAUAGCUACUUGAAUAUCCAAGCAUUUUCAAAAAUAGUGAAGAAAUAUGACAAGAUUACGUCAAAGCGCACAUUAAAUAGCUUUAGGAGUAUGAUGGAUUUCUCCCAUCUUGGCAGCUCUGAUGAUGUAAUCAAGCUUAUGGAGAGAGUUGAAUUAACUUUCACCAAACACUUCUCCAAUUCAGACCGAAGGAAAGCUAUGGACACAUUAAGACCAAAAGCUAAGAAAGAAAGACAUAGGAUAUCAUUUUCCAUUGGCCUAUUUGUUGGUUGCACAUUGGCUCUCAUUCUAGCUCUUGUAUUAAUCAUACAUGUUCGAGAUCUUCUGAAUAAGGAAGGGAAACACCAGUACAUGGAAAAUAUGUUUCCUCUUUACAGCCUGUUUGCAUUUGUUGUUCUACAUAUGCUUAUGUAUGCUGCCAAUAUAUACUUCUGGAGGCGGUAUCGGAUCAAUUAUACCUUCAUAUUUGGCUUCAAACAAGGAACAGAACUGGGUUAUCGAGAUGUUCUGAUGUUAGGCUUUGGCCUAGCAGUGUUGGCGCUAGCCAGCGUGCUUGCAAACCUUGACAUGGAAAUGGAUCCCAGAACGAAAGAUUACAAAGCAUUGACAGAACUUGUACCUCUAGGUUUGGUUGUGCUUGUACUUGUCAUCUGCUUCUUCCCUUUCAACUUUAUAUAUCGUACAAGUCGCUUCUUCUUUAUCACAAGUUUGUUUCACUGCAUCUGUGCUCCUCUAUACAAGGUCUCCUUCCAAGAUUUCUUCUUGGCUGACCAGUUAACUAGCCAGGUGCAAGCCCUUAGAAGCUUUGAAUUCUACAUAUGCUACUAUGGCUGGGGAGACUAUAAGCGGAGACAAAAUACCUGUAAAACCAGUGAUAUAUACAGCACUUUCUAUUUCAUUGUUGCUGUGAUUCCUUACUGGUCUCGUCUCCUUCAGUGUCUUCGACGCCUCUUCGAAGAGAAGGACAUGAAGCAAGGAUAUAAUGGUCUCAAGUAUUUCUGCACAAUUAUUGCUGUAAGCACAAGGACUGCAUAUAGUUUUGAAAAAGGACUGGGCAGGAAUAUAAUAGCCUGGAUAUUCUCAGUAAUUGCAGCUGUCUAUGGUACAUAUUGGGACCUAGUCAUGGACUGGGGGCUUUUGCAAACUCAGUCUACGAACUGGUUGCUAAGAGACAAACUCCUUAUCCCUUACAGAAGUGUAUAUUUUGGAGCAAUGGUUCUGAAUGUAUUCCUGAGAUUUGCCUGGUUGCAAACUGUACUGAACUUCCGAGUGCCGUUCCUACAUAGACAAGCCAUAAUUGCAGUUGUUGCUAGCUUGGAGAUUAUUCGUCGCGGAUUAUGGAACUUUUUCAGGUUGGAGUAUGAACAUUUGAAUAACGUUGGCAAGUAUCGCGCAUUCAAGUCUGUACCUCUACCUUUUGACUACAAACAUGACUUGAUUAUUGCAUCAGAGUAAAACCAAUGGACCCGAUGAAGUUAGCCAAAGCAAUACCAAAGAAAGAAAUGCAGCAUUGAUGUUCUCAAAACUGGGAAUCAGGCGGACAUGAACUGUUUUCUCACUCAAUUUUUUGAUUCAUACAUUUAAAGAACAUGUCCAAAUUAAUUAAACUCAAAAGAUGUUGCUGGGAUUUUAUUUUUACCAACAAGAAAGCUAA